AUGGAGAAAAAAGUCUCACACGAAGCCAAUGUCUCGGCCGACAGCUACAACCUCAACCUCGAGGAAUCUCGACCUGCCGAGUCGUCCGAGUUCAACCUCGCCCACCAGCAUGAUCAGCUCGAGCGCGGCCUCAAGAGCCGUCAUAUUCAGUUCCUUGCCCUUGGCGGCGCCAUCGGCACUGGUCUCUUUGUCGGCUCCGGUGGCAUUCUCAGCAAGUGCGGUCCUGCCCCUCUCUUCAUGGCUUACAUCUUCAUGAUGACUGUUGUCUGGACUGUCAUGAACUGCCUCGCCGAAAUGGUCACACUGCUUCCCAUGCGCGGCAUCACCGUUCCCUAUUUUGUCGAGCGAUUCGUCGACCCUUCCCUCGCUUUUGCCGCCGGCUGGAACUACUGGUACGUCUACGCCAUAUUAGUUGGUGCGGAGGCCUCGGCCGCCAGUAUCAUCAUCAACUACUGGCCCGGCGCCGCCAAAGUCCACGUUGCCGUCUGGAUCACCAUUGUUCUCGUCGUCAUGCUUCUCCUCAACAUCAUUGCCGUCCAGUUCUUCGGCGAGGCCGAAUUUUGGUUCGCUAGCAUCAAGCUGCUCACCAUCAUCGGCCUCAUCAUUCUCGGCGUCGUCAUCUUCUUUGGUGGCGGCCCCGAUCAGAAUCAUAUCAGAGGCUUCUACUACUGGGAACAUCCAGGCGCCUUUGUCCAGUUCCUCGGCGUCUCUGGCUCCACUGGCCGUUUCCUCUCCUUUUGGCAGGCCUUCAUCACCGCCGGCUUCGCCUUUAUCACCUCCCCCGAGCUCAUUGCCAUUGCCGCCGGCGAGACUGUCGCACCCCGUCGCAACAUUCCCAAGGCUGCUCGUCGCUUUGUCUGGCGUCUUGCCAUCUUUUACGGCUGCUCCUCUCUCAUUAUUGGCAUCCUCGUUGCCUCGGACGACAAGGACCUUCUCGGUGCUCUCGAGACCGGUGCCGGCGGUGCCGCCGCCUCUCCCUUUGUUAUUGGCAUACAGAGAGUCGGCAUCUCCGUCCUCAACCAUAUCAUCAAUGCUGCAAUUCUGACCUCGGCCUGGUCUGCCGGCAACUCUUUCCUCUACUCGGGCAGCCGUGUUCUCUACUCCAUGUCCCUCACCGGCAAUGCUCCCCGCUUCUUCUCCAAAACGACGCGCCUCGGCGUUCCCUAUGUCGCUGUACUCACCACUUUUGGCGUCGGCCUGCUCUCCUACCUCAACGUCAGCAACUCGGGUGAAAAGGUUUUCACUUGGUUUGUCAACCUCUCCACCAUUUCCGGCUACAUUGCCUGGCUCAUCGUCAUGGUCACGUACAUUCGUUUCCGCAAGGCUCUCGAAUACAACAAUCUGAUGGAUAUCCGCCCCUACAAGACGCCCCUCCAGCCAUAUGCCAGCUAUUUUAUGAUUGUUCUCGUCAGUCUCCUCACCAUUACCAAUGGCUUCCAGACCUUUAUGGCCAAGCCCUUUGUCGCCGCCGACUUCAUCGCCGCCUACAUUACCAUCCCCCUCGUCUUAAUUUUCUACCUUGGACACAAGAUGUGGUUCAGAACUCGUUGGGCCAUUCCCAUACACGAGAUUGAUGUCACUACUGGUGUCAGGGAGAUGGAUGAAUUGGAACAGAUGGAUGAGGAGCGUGUCGCCAGCAACUGGUUCCAGAAGGCCUGGUACUGGCUAGCAUAG